AUGCAGCUCACUAUGACAUUACCAAGCUCCACCGGGAUGUGUGUGUUGCUGCUAGUGUCAAGUCUGCUCCUUUGGGAGCAUGCAGUCUCCAAACCAACUGGUAUUGUGUCCACUAAAGACCUGUAUGAUCGUGUGGUUGAACAGUCUCACACCACAUAUGUCCUGGCUGCAGAUAUCUACCAUGAAUUUGAUGUAAACUUUUUCAAGAGAAGUUGGUUUACUGAUAGGAUGCCCAGGAUAUGCCACACAGCUUCCAUCCAUACUCCAGAGUCCCGUCAGGAAGUCAAUGAAACAAAAACUGAAGACCUUCUGAAAGCAAUCGUCAACAUUACUAAUGCCUGGGAAGAACCGCUGAAACAUCUGGUGUCAGCCAUACCCUCUCUUUCAAAACCUUCUGAUGAUAUGCUGAAAACAACCAAUGCUGUGAAGGCUAAAAAUCUUGUUCUUCUGGAGGGACUUAAGACCAUACUCAAUAGGACCCAGACUGUAUAUGAAGAAACUGACUCCCCUGUCUGGUCCGGACUGUCAGACUUAAAAUCAGCUGAUGAAGACACUCAAUUUUUUGCCUUUUAUAGCCUGGCCCGCUGCCUAAAAAGGGAUACUCAUAAGAUCGACACUUUUCUCAAGGUCUUGAGGUGCCGAGUUGUCUUUAAUAGUGAGUGUUUGUUUUAA